CGCCCCCGCCACCGCCCACGCCGCCCCGGCUCCGCCCCGCUCCCCGCGCAGCCCCGGCCGCCCCGCACCAUGUCCAAGGAGCCGCGGGCCGGGCGGGAGGAGAUCCUGGAGUGCCAGGUGAUGUGGGAGCCUGACAGCAAGAAGAACACGCAGAUGGACCGCUUCCGGGCGGCCGUGGGCGCCGCCUGCGGCCUGGCGCUCGAAAAUUAUGAUGACUUGUACCAUUGGUCGGUCGAGUCAUAUUCGGACUUCUGGGCAGAGUUCUGGAAAUUCAGUGGAAUUGUCUUCUCGCGCAUGUAUGACGAGGUGGUGGACACAUCGAAAGGCAUUGCGGAUGUGCCCGAGUGGUUCAAGGGCAGCCGUCUGAACUAUGCGGAGAACCUUCUGCGGCACAGAGAGAACGACAGAGUCGCCCUUUACGUUGCAAGGGAGGGCAGAGAGGACAUCGUGAAGGUGACUUUCCAAGAGCUGCGGCAGCAGGUGGCCUUGUACGCGGCAGCCAUGCGGAAAAUGGGGGUGAGGACAGGAGACCGGGUCGUCGGUUACUUACCCAACAGCGCGCACGCUGUGGAGGCCAUGCUGGCUGCAGCGAGCAUCGGCGCCAUCUGGAGCUCCACGUCCCCGGACUUCGGUGUGAACGGCGUGCUGGACCGCUUUUCUCAAAUUCAGCCGAAGCUCAUCUUCUCUGUGGAGGCCGUCGUGUACAAUGGCAAGGAGCAUGGCCACAUGGACAAGCUGCAGCAGGUCGUUAAAGGACUACCAGACUUGAAGAAAGUGGUGGUCAUUCCUUACAUCACUUCCAGAGAGAAGAUAGACAUCUCAAAGAUUCCAAAUAGUGUGUUUCUGGAUGAUUUUCUUGCAACCGGGACGGGUGAGCAGCCCCCGCAGCUGGAGUUCGAGCAGCUGCCCUUCAGCCACCCCCUCUUCAUCAUGUUUUCCUCGGGCACCACCGGAGCCCCCAAGUGCAUGGUGCAUUCUGCAGGGGGCACCCUCCUCCAGCACCUGAAGGAGCACAUUCUUCAUGGCAACACGACCAGCAGCGACAUCAUCUUGUAUUACACCACGGUCGGCUGGAUGAUGUGGAACUGGAUGGUGUCCGCUCUUGCCACGGGGGCGGCCCUGGUCCUGUACGACGGCUCCCCGCUGGUGCCCACGCCCAACGUGCUCUGGGACCUGGUGGACAGGAUCGGCAUCACCAUCCUCGGAACGGGUGCCAAGUGGCUGUCUGUGCUCGAAGAGAAGAACUUGAAGCCGGCGGAGAGUCACAGUCUGCAGACGCUGCACACGAUCCUGUCCACCGGCUCCCCGCUGAAAGCCCAGAGCUACGAGUACGUCUACAGGUGCAUCAAGAGCCGCGUCCUGCUCGGCUCCAUCUCAGGUGGCACUGACAUCAUCUCCUGCUUCAUGGGCCAGAAUUCCUCCGUUCCCGUGUACAAAGGGGAGAUUCAGGCCCGCAACCUGGGCAUGGCCGUGGAAGCGUGGAGUGAGGAAGGAAAGGCAGUGUGGGGAGAGAGCGGUGAGCUGGUAUGCACAAAGCCACUUCCGUGCCAGCCCACACACUUCUGGAACGACGAGAACGGGAGCAAGUACAGGAAGGCGUAUUUCUCCAAAUUCCCAGGUGUCUGGGCGCACGGCGACUACUGCAGGAUCAACCCCAAGACCGGGGGCAUCGUCAUGCUGGGCCGGAGUGACGGCACCCUCAACCCCAACGGAGUGCGCUUCGGCAGCUCGGAGAUCUAUAACAUCGUGGAGGCCUUCGAGGAGGUGCUGGACAGCCUGUGUGUCCCCCAGUACAAUGAGGACGGCGAGGAGAGGGUGCUCCUCUUCCUGCUGAUGGCCUCCGGCCACGCCUUCCGGCCUGACCUGGUGAAGCGCAUCCGCAGCGCCAUCCGCGUGGGCCUGUCGGCCCGGCACGUGCCCAGCCUCAUCCUGGAGACCAAGGGCAUCCCGUACACCCUCAACGGCAAGAAAGUGGAGGUGGCCGUGAAGCAGAUCAUCGCCGGGAAGCCGGUGGAGCAGCGUGGGGCCUUCUCGAACCCCGAGACCCUGGACCUGUACCGGAACAUCCCCGAGCUGCAGGGCUUCUGAGCUGGAUCGCCCUCCGUCUCGGCCACGCGCACCUGUCCUGGGACUUGUGUGUUCAAGAAAUGGCCUAGAAGCCUGCUCCUCUACAGGACCACCUGUCGCGUGGCGAGGACGUCUGUCCGGGUGGGCUGUGUGGGGCACGGUGGGCGUGGGGAGUGUGUCUUUGCACACGUGCUCCCACGUGCACUCACAGAGGAGCUGGAGUCGCGUGUGCAUGUAGUCACACCAGCACCCCGUCGAUGUGUGGGUGGACCCGGGUUCUGGCGAGAGAACACUCCUGAUCAGCGACUGCCUCCAGCCCCUGCCGGGGGCUCCACCUCACUCUGCACAAAUCCAUGUCUUCCCUGUAUGUUGGCGCCCCGGCUCUGUCCGUCGUCCCUCAGGGCCCGGCCACCUGCUGUUGCACAUUUACUGUGCCCAGACGGGUCCCUCUGUGAGUUUACGCCAUCUUCUUACAGCGGAUCAUCAGGACUGGCAGCUGCGGCUCUUGUUGUGCGUGUGUGACGGACGGAACACACGCAGUUCCUGGUGGAACCAUGUGUCGCACCCCAACCAAACAGCGCUUCCCAGCGCACAGAAAGCUCCCUCUGGAGAGAGAGCGGGUUUCAAGCUUUAAUAGGAUCUCUUUACUUCGUGGACUUUGAACGGUUUAACGAAUGUUUUACUGUUACUUCAGCCUGGUGUGUGGGUGUUUGAGGGGCCGCGCAUCCACCCUGUGGGGUAGUGUUGCUCUGGGGCGGCGGCCGGCUCCCCGGCAGCGGGUCCCGCGGGUCCUCUGGAGACAGAGCUGCAUGGGCCCCGGGGCCCUGGCCUCGCUGCACCCUCCAGCCGAGAGCUCUUGGGACCCUCACGUGGAAAUCGUGGUGUUCGUGCUCAUGAAUCGAGUCACAGGGUCGACAGCCAGGUGGUUUCUGUGUGAAAGUGCAGCAUAUUGGCAAACUCCCAUAAUUCGAAUUUUUGUUUUUGUAUUUUUUUAAACCGAGCACAGUGAAAUACUUUUCCGAAUCCUUUUUCUUCUAGAUUAUAAAACUGUCUAGGGGAAGCACUUUGAGGAGUUUAAUGCAAUAAACGCGUGCAUAUGCGUGCGCACGCCCAUACGUG